AUCCGCACCACCGCUCCGACGAAUGGAACCAACCAACAAAUCCCCAAGCCAAUCUCGUCUCCGAUCGGCUCCGGCUCCAGCUCUCCUCCUCUGUUCCUCCCCCGCCGCCCCAAGAUGCAGAUCUUUGUGAAGACGUUGACAGGCAAGACCAUCACCCUUGAGGUCGAGUCGUCUGACACCAUCGACAACGUCAAGGCCAAGAUCCAAGACAAGGAGGGCAUCCCCCCGGACCAGCAGCGCCUCAUCUUCGCUGGCAAGCAGCUUGAGGACGGCAGGACCCUUGCUGACUACAACAUCCAGAAGGAGUCCACCCUCCACCUUGUCCUGCGCCUCCGUGGAGGCAUGCAGAUCUUUGUGAAGACCCUUACUGGCAAGACCAUCACUCUGGAGGUUGAGAGCUCAGACACCAUCGACAACGUCAAGGCCAAGAUCCAGGACAAGGAGGGCAUCCCUCCGGACCAGCAGCGUCUCAUCUUUGCUGGCAAGCAGCUGGAGGAUGGCCGUACCCUUGCUGACUACAACAUCCAGAAGGAGUCUACCCUCCACCUUGUCCUGCGCCUCCGUGGAGGCAUGCAGAUCUUUGUCAAGACCCUUACUGGCAAGACCAUCACUCUGGAGGUUGAGAGCUCAGACACCAUCGACAACGUCAAGGCCAAGAUCCAGGACAAGGAGGGCAUCCCCCCGGACCAGCAGCGCCUCAUCUUUGCUGGCAAGCAGCUUGAGGAUGGCAGGACCCUUGCUGACUACAACAUCCAGAAGGAGUCCACCCUCCACCUUGUCCUGCGCCUCCGUGGAGGCAUGCAGAUCUUUGUGAAGACCCUUACUGGCAAGACCAUCACUCUGGAGGUUGAGAGCUCAGACACCAUCGACAACGUCAAGGCCAAGAUCCAGGACAAGGAGGGCAUCCCCCCGGACCAGCAGCGCCUCAUCUUUGCUGGCAAGCAGCUGGAGGAUGGCAGGACCCUUGCUGACUACAACAUCCAGAAGGAGUCCACCCUCCACCUUGUCCUGCGCCUCCGUGGAGGCAUGCAGAUCUUUGUGAAGACCCUUACUGGCAAGACCAUCACUCUGGAGGUUGAGAGCUCAGACACCAUCGACAACGUCAAGGCCAAGAUCCAGGACAAGGAGGGCAUCCCCCCGGACCAGCAGCGCCUCAUCUUUGCUGGCAAGCAGCUGGAGGAUGGCCGUACUCUUGCUGAUUACAACAUCCAGAAGGAGUCCACCCUUCAUCUUGUCCUGCGUCUCCGAGGAGGUAUGCAGAUCUUUGUGAAGACCCUUACUGGCAAGACCAUCACUCUGGAGGUUGAGAGCUCAGACACUAUUGACAACGUCAAGGCCAAGAUCCAGGACAAGGAGGGCAUUCCCCCGGACCAGCAGCGUCUUAUCUUUGCUGGCAAGCAGCUGGAGGAUGGGCGCACCCUUGCCGACUACAACAUCCAGAAGGAAUCCACUCUUCACCUGGUGCUCCGCCUCCGAGGUGGUCAGUGAUUGCCCUGGGUACUCUGGUGGGUGGCCCCUGUUGCUCAUGUGAAGUGUCAGUCUCGUUUGUGUCAAGUUCUACAGUGUCUGGUUUCAUGUUUCAUGGAUCAUCGAGUCCCAGUGAGAUGUGUUGGUUUCGUUUAAA